AGAAUGGUUGCUGAUGUACUCCGACAGUCAGUUCUCGUGCCUAUUUCCAUGUAUCCACAGUAUCCAGUGCCUAGGAGGUACACAACAUCUGUUUUCAAGGAGUAUCAAAAGAAGAAGAAGAUUUAUUAUUGCCAAAGAUGUUUAAACCAUGAUGUUCCAAGGCCUAGGAAAAAUCACAAAUGUGAGUGUCCAUACGCAGAUUGCACUUGUGAAAAGUGUGGAUUAGUGGAAAAACGGAGAAUUUUGAAUAUUCGGCUUCAAAAUUAUAAUCAGUUCAAUAUUGAGAAUGAGAAUGAUUCAAAGUUGAUUAUUGUCGAGGACGACGACAAGAAGAAACAAGGAGAACGUGUUCCAAACUGUCAAAAGUGCGGUCAGCAUGGUCGUAAAUCACGCCUGAAGGGACACAAAAGAAGUUGCCCAUUCCGCGAGUGCCCGUGUGCAAAGUGUGCUGUUGUAUCCGAACGCCAGAAGCUCAUGGCAGAUCAAAUCAAGAUUCGUCGCCGCCAAAGAAAGGAUACAUUGCUGACUUUCGCCAAAAAUAGUAUCACAUCAACUAUGUUUCCAAGCAAUCAAAUCAGUCUCAAUGCAUUGAACUCAUUGCUUUAUGGUUCUAUCAACACAUCUCCACAGCCAUUGCUAUCAUCUCCUACAUCAUCGGAUGCUUCGUCCUGUAGCCCAUCAAUGCCAUUCACGCCAUCAAUUCCAAUGUUCAUGCCAACAUCAGCUGAUUGCUCACCAACGACACAAACGCCCACGUCAAGCAUUCCUUCAUCAAUCGCCUCAACAUCUCCACUGAUGACCUCUCUACCACUUAGAUUGUCAGGAUUCCCCCUCUUAAACAUCAGGGAUCCCAGUGCAGAAGCUUCUCUGCUAAACCUCGGAUGCAAUGCCGAUGCAGCCGCCCUUCUCAAGACAAUCCUUGAUCAGUACAGAAUGCUCGAAGAGGCAAGCAUGUCAAUGUCUUCAAGUCCAUCAAAAGAUGAUGAGAGUGGAGAUGAAGAUUCAGAUGGUCUCAAUUCAAACAGUAUUAUUGAUGUCAUUACAGUUUGAUUUGGUUUCAGUGUUUUCAUCUUUUAAACAUUUAUUUUUGCUGUACAAUUCGAGGACUAUCCCAUUUUUUGUCUGUCCCGCGCUUUCGUCCUCUCAAACUAUCCACGUUUCCACCCACCACUUCAUCUUACCCUCGAUUGUGAUUAUUCAGCACAUUGUGAUUUGCCUUGUGGACCUUUUCUAUUCUCAUAGUAUGUCUACCUCAUGACAUUCAUCUCUCCCCAAUACCAUACACCUCUUCUUAUACAAUCUAUCUACCUCUUCCUUCCUUUCCAAGUCGACCUCCUGUGCAUCCUUUCCUUCAUCCCAUCUUUCACCACCUCCAUCCACACCAUCUCCAUAGCAACUACUAAUUAUCCCAGUGUUUCAGUUUUUCCCAAUACCGAAAACUUAUUUAUUUGUGUCCUGGAUUCCCCGUGUCUGUGAAUAUUUGGCUGUUAUUUUUUGGCCGUUUCUUUUUAUUGUAUUUUAGAAUAUUCUUUCAAUCUUCGAUUCUUCCACCCACUUUUCAAUUCAGUUUUCCACAUAUCUUAUGUAGUAUUCAAACAAACAACACUUUCUUUCCCCAACCCAUCCUUGUCCUUCUGCCAAACCAGCCGGAGUUCUUAACAGAAUGCGUCAUUUCCCAUCUUCUCCUUAUAUAUUGUAUGUAUGAAUAAUUCAGCAAAGAAAAAUUGUGAAAAAUAAAUUGUGAAUUAUCAGAUCA